UCACAAAUGUCAGCCUCUCGCUGCAAAUCAAUUCACCUCUCCGAUUUUCUUGUAUAUCGAAGGAAAAAAAGAAGUGUUCAAGCGUGGUUAUUUUUUCUAUUAAAAAAAAUCUUCCAUUAAAACUAAAUUUUACUUCGUAAAUAAUAUCAAAUUAAUCAUUUGCACAUUGCCUUUCAAAUCGGUUAAUAAAAUAUUAACAAUACUAGCGAUUUUCUGCAACGCGAAAAAAUAGAAUUCCAAUUCAAUUUUUUUUUUUUUUUUUGGGAGUUCACCAAAGAGUAGUAGUGUAGAAGAGGGAGACGAAGAGACAAGAAGAGAUAGAAGAUCAAAGAAGAACAAGAAGGCAAAACCGACGAAGAACAAGCAAGCAGCAACCAACAGCACAGCACCAGCAAAAAAAAUAAAAAAUUUUUUUUGCGAUAAAAAUGUCGAGCGUGUAGGAGCACGGUAAUUUUCCAAUAAAUUACACUAAAUUUUUUUGGCAUCGCUGCUCCUCCAUCUACUAAUUAUUCUGGAUCUCUGCCCUGUGCAAUAAGCACAAUCCCGAGUCCCCUGUGGAUGGAUCCUUUUGUUGGCUGGUUUCAAGAGGAACAGGAGGGUCCAGCGCUAAGAACGUGGUAUAAGAUCUGGGAGACAAAUGCCCAUGAAAUGAGCCAAUUGCUCGAUUUGCAGCAGCAAUUUCAGCAACAACAACAACAGCAGCAGCAGCAGCAAAACACCAAGAACGGCAACACCGGUGGCAUCGGCAUCGGCAAUCCCACAAACAACACCAACAUGAUUAUGAUGAACAGAGAACGCGACCGUGAUACAACCAAUGCUGCCUUCCACCAGACUCUGGAUCAACAGCAACAAAAUGCGCCGUCAAACGAGCAGCAGCAACAGCGCGAGCGUCCCACAAAUGACCGAGGAAGCUAUUACAAUCCGUCGCGCAGGAAAAUUGGCCGCAUAGUCGACAAUAAGGCAUCCACUUACAACCUGAACAGACAAGUCGAGAAACUCAUCAGCAAGUACAGAGGUUGUCCGUGGCGCGUACCCAAUUACGUGUACGGACGCGGCGUCAUCGGUUUGCACGAAGAGAUCGAUCAGUUUUAUCAUUAUGUCCUGCCAACGCCCGCCGAACAUGCCAUCCGCAACGAGGUUGUCCUCCGCAUAGAAGCCGUCGUCCAUACUAUCUGGCCAGCAGCCGUGGUCGAGAUAUUCGGAUCAUUCCGAACGGGAUUGUUUCUGCCCACGUCCGACAUUGAUUUGGUCGUGUUGGGAAUGUGGGAGAAGCUGCCGCUGCGUACUCUCGAAACAGAGCUAAUUGCUAGGGGAAUCGCAGAGCCGUCAUCGGUGCGGGUUCUAGACAAAGCGUCGGUGCCCAUUAUUAAGUUGACGGACCGCGAAUCGCAGGUCAAGGUGGACAUUUCUUUUAACAUGCAGUCAGGAGUUCAAUCAGCCGAAUUAAUUAAGGAGUAUAAGCAACAAUUUCCGUUGCUGGCUAAAUUAGUGCUGGUUUUGAAGCAGUUCCUGCUGCAACGUGACCUAAAUGAGGUCUUUACUGGCGGCAUUUCAUCCUAUUCCCUCAUUCUAAUGUGCAUCAGCUUUUUGCAGCUGCAUCCGCGCCAAAUACACUCUGAGACGGCCAAUUUGGGCGUUUUGCUUUUGGAAUUUUUUGAGUUGUAUGGUCGGAAAUUUAAUUAUAUGAAAAUUGGCAUAAGUAUAAAGAACGGUGGCCGUUAUAUUCCCAAGGAGGACCUUCAGCGCGAAAUGGUCGAUGGCCACCGGCCGUCGUUGCUAUGCAUUGAAGAUCCCCUUACAGCUGGCAACGAUAUUGGGCGCUCGUCGUACGGAGCGCUUCAAGUGAAGCAAGCCUUUGAGUACGCUUACCUGAUGCUGUCGCAAGCGGUGUCCCCUUUGAAUAAUUGGGCGAGUGACUGUAACGAGCGUUCCAUACUCGGUCGCAUCAUUCGCAUAACAGACGAUGUGAUCGAUUAUCGCGAAUGGAUAAGAGAGAAUUAUGAGCAUCUGCUAGUCACAAGAAUGUCGCCCGGUGGAGCUAAUACAGGCCUCAUGCUAACAGGGGGCGGCUCUGUGCCAAUGGGACAAACGCAAAAGCAAUAUCAGCAGCUACAGCAGCAUCAUCAUAUGAUUACUGGUGGUGGCGGCGGCGGCGGCGGAGGUGGUGGUGGAGGUGGAAAUAAUAGUAACAAUGACUAUCGACGGCGCGGAAGUACCUCGAGCGGCGACGACUCUGAAGACAGCAAAGAGGGGGACAUAGAAACGAAUAUGAUGUCAACACGCGGUGACACAUGAUGACUGCAGCGACAGCGGUACCACCAGCACCUAAUUCCUAAUUCUAGCUCUCCUUUUAAUCCUUCCAUUCAUACACAACAACAACAACAAAUGCAGCAAAAUCUCUUACCAAAUGUCUAUGCUGCUGCAACUACAACAUCAACAAUAUCGUUGUCAUCGGGUCAGUUGGAGUAUCAUCAUUUGUAUACUCCAACUACUUGAUUGACUUAAAUUCGUUUUUAAUUUCCUCUAAAACAGAAAUAAAAUUCCUCCUCCUAUUCCUUCCAUUUCCCUUUCAAAGUUUUUUGAAAAUUCAAACAAAAAUUAAAUCACUCCUUAUCCUCCUUCCCCAUCAUCCAGUACUCUAUUAUCGUAUUUAAAACAAAAAAAAAGCAUAAAACAACAUUUUUAAAAUAAUAUCAAGAAGGCUGUCGUUAUGAAAGUAAAAGUAAAACAAAAAACAGAUUUUCUUUAGUCGCAUAAGUUUUUUUUUUUUGUUUAUUUACAUUUUUUUUAAAUAAGUCUUUCUCUUUCCAAAUAAUGUUCUUAAACAAAACAACCUUUCAAGGGUUUUUUUUAUAUACUAAUUUUAUUUAAAAAAACAAAAUAAAAAAAACAAAGCAAUUUGAUUUUAAUUUGUUAAAAAAAAAAUGUAUGUGAAAGGUUUUAAGAGAAAUAAGCUUGAAUUUAGGAGUUGAAAAGUGUGUGGACAAAACCUGCCUUAAAAAAAGGACUAAACAGAAAAGUCAUUUUUUUUUUCUUUGUAAAUGCAACUCAGAAAAUAUUUCAAAAAAACAUUUUACAAUUAUAAAUUUAUAUAAAAAAAAAAAAAAUGUCUGCCAUUCGCGGUUCUCGUUGUCUCCUUAAAAAAAAAUUAAUAAUUAUUAUUCUAGUUCUAUCCAAGUUUUUUUUUUUUCAUCAUAUAAAUAGUGAUAGUUAUUUUGUUUCUUAAAUGUUUAAUUAUGUAUAUUUUAUUUUUUAUUAAUUAAUAAUUAUUUUUUGCUUUUUUUUAAACGGUUAAGUUCAAAUGAAAUUUUUCAAAGUUUAAAAACAAAUAAACAAAAAAAAAAAAAAUAUAAAAACAAAACAGAAAAUUAUACAUUAAAAAAAAAUAUAAUUAUUAUUAUUAUAGUUAUUUAAUAGUUUUGUAAGUUUCUAUUUAAAUUAAAACAAACAAACCAUGUUAUAUGAGAAUGAUGCAACAAUUUUAUAUAAUUACGUUACAAAUUCAUACAACAAAAUGAAUAAUUUAGAGAACAAACAAAAAAUAAUAAGAAAUAAAUUAAAGGAAAUCUGAUCAUGAAUUAAAAUAUAAAAGAAAAAAACAAACAAGAAAUCUGAACUUCUGACAAAAAAAAUAUAAAACUACAAAAAAAAAAAAUAUAAAAAACAAAAUUACAAUAAACUGCAACGAGAACUACAAUUUAUUAGUAUUUUUUUCUUACUCUAAUUGAAAAAAAGUCUUACUUACCAGUUAUUAUGAUGUAAAACAAAAAGUUUAUUACAAUAGAUUGUUUUCUUCUCUUCAUAAGUUAUAUACUAUUUGCACGAAAUAUUCUCUUUUUUUUCUUUUUUUAAUUUUUAUUGAAGAUGUUUUACCGUUAAAUACAAUAUUUUCUUUGAAUUUUGUUUGUAAAAUGAUUUUAAUGAUGAUCUUAUAGUUAUGCAAUUAACAUCAACAAUAACAACCAACCAACUUCAACCAACAACAACAACAUUACAGUUUACAAUACACAACAUAUUUUAAAAUUCACUCGAAUUAUUUUCUAACCAGAAUCGAUAUUACAACAAAUAAAAAUUUAUAAUAAAAAUAAAAAAAAAUAACAUAAUUUGAUUGUAUGAAUAAUAAAUUAUUGCAGAAACGAUCGUCUUUUUUGGAAAAAUAAAAAAAAUUAGCAUACAUACAUAAUAAUUAUAUGUUUGAUUGAUUGUACUGUGAAUUUAGUUUUUAAACAAAAAAAUGAAAUGGAAAUUGCAUACAUAAUACAUAUUAUUAUAUAGUAUAUAUAUAUAUGAAAACAAAAAAAUAUA